AGUCUCAGUAAGGAAGAGCUAGUAAUCGUCAACAAGCGAUUCGAUCUAAUGUCCGAUCUUGAGCUCAGCGAAUAUCUCUCACUCUUCGGUUCUUCCCAAUCAUCCGCCCAACCCUCUGCUUCACAUUCACCACAUCCUUCACUUGAUCCCGCCUCUCUGACCCCUAAAAAUUCAUCCCAGUCGAGUCCGUCUCAAAUCAUAGACGAUCCGGACAGUAAAACACCACUCUUCCCUCCCUCCCCUCCUGGUCACGUCAAGCCCGAGAUGGCCGAUCAUCCUUUGCGAGUGUUGAGUAGAGCCAUCCGAGAGUUACAAGAGGAGAUCGCCCGGUUGGAAGAAGAGAAUCAGGUUCUUCGUUCAGCCCACCCUCAUCCGACAUCCCGCCGAACCAAGUCUCCUUUGCUCUCUCACACAUCUACCCUCCCCACUGCUUCACCUCCCGUAACUCAUGCGCCCUUGCCUGAUCCAGACCCCAUGUCGACCCCUGUGGCACAAGGAAAGAAGAACAACCGCACAUCAUGGACAUCUGGUCUAUGGGUCUGGAGUAAUGGAAAACCUCGUCGACCUCGCAAAGGGAGUAUAGGAUCAAUCGCCUCCUUCGGUCUGGGCAUAGGAAGUCCAGCGCCGGCUGGGGUACCAGAGGAGAACGAAGCUCCCGAGGAAGAGGAUGAGUACGCUUGGCGUAAAGGUGACGGGGGAAGCUCACCAGCUUUCAAAGCAAUCUUCCUGGCGACGCGAAUCAUUACCCCUGACCCUUCUUCUAUCCUCGUACCGACCAGUGUCUCGUCAAAAUCUCUCAUCGCCUACCUGGCUCAUUCACUCGUCUCCAACGCUCGUGAUGAAGGUAUAGUGGCUCGUGAACCUCCCGGGCGUCGGCAAUCACGAGAUCUAUCACGUAGUCGAGCUACUUCUAUCGCCAGCCAGCUUUCUCCCGAUCUGGCCAAUGCUACUCCAACCCGCGAACGAGGAUAUGGAGACCAGGCGCUUGCUGCCACAGCUUCUCUUGGACGUACACUCCUGUCGUCUGUCUCCACCGCUACUAUGCGGGCUAGAGCCAUGGGUGAAGACAUCGGUCGACCAUCCCUGCUGAGCAGGGCGAGUCAUAGUAGAUCUUUGCCAACAGUGACCUCACUUGCGGCUCCUCAGCUUUCCGACAGCUCUCCCUUAGUCCAAACGUCACCGAAUGCAGAGAUCCCACCACCAUCAGUGGAACUUUCAUCGAUCGUCCCUGAUGAUGCGCGUCCACCUACGAUGGUACUCUCGAGACAAAAUUUAGGUUCUUUCUUCCAAUCGACCAAGCUUAAGACAGCUACGAGGUUUGACAAUGGGGAAACACCCUUAACGGAUCGGUACGGUUUCAUAUACGACAUUCAGCACGCAAGCAUGCUCAAGGACGCCAGCGCCGCAGGAGCUGUAGCUCCUGCCUCCUUGACCGGCAACGUACUUUCGACCGAAGAAGGUUGGGUCCGUCGUCGCAAAGACGUAGAUUCGAGGUCGGAGUCCUCUCCUAGACCAUCGUUCGAUUCUACCAGAUCAGAACAACCGUCCCCUCGGAUGUCCCUCGAUGUUCCUCUCGCCUCUCCAACCUCAGCCCAAAUACCAGCUGUAUCUCGAUCAUCCAUUGACCGUGGCCGUACAGUCCCACCUCCUAGCCUCGUCAUUAAUCCUACGGCACCAAUAACCGCCAAAGAAUCUCUCACAGUUUCCACUAGAGGCUCAACCUCUCUUCACUCCACUGCUACAUCCACACCUCUGACAACCGCUACCACGUCCACUACCAUGCGACCUGUUGAUAGUAGGCGUACCGUCUCUUCUCUCCUCGAUAGACUCACAGAUAUGCACGAUGCUCAACAGAAGGAACGAACAGCCGAAUGGGAUGCGUUUUUACGCAAACGAUCAAAAUCCCGCUCGCAGCUCCCCAAUGGGACCAAGACGUCAGGCACUUUGUCAGAAGAUUUAAGAUGGGGCUCGGGCUUGAUAGGUCUGUCACAGAUGGGUUUGGCAAAAGAUGGACAAGAAGACUGGAAAGCCUUUGCCGCGCUGGUAAGGAAAGGUAUUCCAUUGGCAUAUCGAAGCGACAUAUGGGCCGAAUGUUCAGGAGCCAAAGAUUUGAUGGUGCCGGGUGAAUAUAGGGAAAUACUCAAGGUGCACGAAGGAGAUGUGGGACCUUUUGACAAAGAGAUCGAGAAAGAUGUAGGGAGGACUUUUCCUGGAAAUGUUUUCUUUGGUGGAGACGGACCUGGCGUGGCCAAACUACGUAGAGUACUGAUUGCUUAUUCUUGGCAUAAUCCUUCCGUCGGCUAUUGUCAAGGAAUGAAUAUGCUUGCUGCUACUCUCCUUCUGACGCAUUCGGAUGAAGAACAAGCAUACUGGGUGUUACUGUCCAUCAUCGAACGACUUCUCCCCACAGAUUUCUUCGCUCCUUCUCUACUGGCUUCAAGAGCGGAUCAAGCCGUCCUCUCCGACCUAGUGGCGUUACAUCUUCCAAAAGUUGACGAAAAGCUAUCGGAAGUCGGUCUGGACCUUGCCAGUCUGACAUUUGGCUGGUUCUUGAGUUUAUUCACAGACUGUUUACCUGUUGAGACGCUUUUCAGAGUGUGGGACGUUUUCUUCGUAGAAGGACAUGCGUCCCUGUUUCGAAUCGCCAUCGCUAUACUCAGGUUGGCCGAACCCGACAUUCUGGCCAGCGAGGACGUCUCGGGUCUUUUCGCCGCUGUCAACGCGAACACUGCACGUUUAUGGGGUGCGGAUAAGUUGAUCCAUCUACAACACGCGAUCAAAUCAGUGGUCAAAAAUCAAGACAUCGCCGCGCGAUGUCACGAAAAGGUCGUUGAGCUU